AUGUCUUUUUAUAACCCCUCUUCAAACCCAUCCCGGCCAGCACCAAGAGGUGCAGGAAGAGCCAACAGCAGAGGAGGGCAAGGUGGACCAUCCACUGGAUCUGGUUCCACUGAGGGACAGAACCAAGUCAAUUCUACCAAUAUGGCAACUACCACUAAUGACAGUGGAUUUUCACAGAACACCGAGACUUCUGCUACAGCAGCUGCUCCUAAGAGCAAAGGCCGAGGCAAGAAGAACAAGUGGGCCAAGGUCGACUUGAACGACAUUGCACCCAUGGCAGGCCCUUUUAUUCCUGCGCAGCCAAACCUCAAGGGCAGAGGCAACAAGAAGGAACAAUCCUUUGGUCUCCUUGUGGAAGACAACAAUGAAGCACCUCGUCGUCAUGGAGGUCCUCAUCGCGGCGUCAACAUCGAUGGAGAAACUCUUGGCGAGAUCGCCGAUCGCUUGAAGAAACUCAAUUUGGAGAAGGCUAGUAAGCCUCUGACUGAGUUCACAAUCUUUCCCAACCUGUCGCCCGAAAUGCGGUACAAGAUCUGGAACAUCGCAGCACGUUCCUCGCCACGCAUUCUGGAAGUCGUAUUGCAUGCCGAAUUCCCAUGCCCUCCCGGUGGCGACAGAGCUUACGUUGACGAAUCAGAUCCCAAUGAUUUGAGGAGAUUGAACCAUAGUAUUUGGCUCAUCUCCAAGCCUGGUCAGAAGGUUCCGGCAAUAUUACAAGCCACUCAGGAAUCGCGUGCUGAGGCACUACGCUUGUACGAAAAGCGAUACCUUAACAACUUUCCGGAUGAUUACCCAUAUCGUCAAAACGAAGAGCGUCCUUGGACAUACUACAACCCGUAUGUCGAUAUCAUCUUCUUUGGCGACAGUACCUGCAUUGUUACGCUGGUAAAAUUCUUCCGUCGCCAUUCCGAGGAGAUAUUCCCUCGACUUGCCUUCCGCUGCGCCAAUUUCAUUGGUACGUGCAAGUACAAAUGUACUUAUGACACCUGGGAAUGGCCACAUGGCGAAGAUGAGUAUUCCUGUUUUUGCGGAGCUGGAAUCGGAGGUGGCGGAAUUGAUGUUAUGGGCAUCCUUCACGGAAAGGACAAGGAGAUUGCUCGAAACUCGCUGGUUCCUGGAGUUCCGAGUGUAGAGGAAGUCUUCUUCGUCGUAAAGACGGAGUGUAUGAAGUUCCCGGCUGGACAGAUGCCCAGCAACUUAACUUUCCGCCCUGCGAUCCACAAUGGACUUACGCAGAGUCAGCAGAAGAAGAGAACGGACUUCGAAGCUGAAGUUGACAAGGCUCGGGCCGGAGAAGGCGUUCGUGCCUGUGGUGCCAACAGAUGGAUCGACAAGCGUCCAACAUUUAGCUUUGUCUCCUUGGCUCCUCCAUUGAAAGAUGGCAAGGGCAAGAACCUCCAGCACGAUGCAAUUCAGGUGCCAACUGAGCACAUGGGCAAGUUGACCUAUCGUAAUAACGAAUUCCUCAACGAUUUGGCGGUGAAGGCCAAUCUCGAAAUCGUUCCAGCCCCCAAGGCUUACGUUGGCGAGAAGAAUCGGGAAAUCGGCCUCUAUAAUGGCACAGAGAAAGGCAUCGAACUUGCCAAGGAGGAAAUCCAGAAGCAAUUGCUGAAAGAUUUCAAUGCAAAUCGACGUGGUCCCAAUCACCAAGGUGGUGAUGCAAGCCGCGGUGGUUUUGGGGGCCGUGAAGGAUAUGGUGGUCGCCGAGGUCGUGGUCAAUAG